AUGAACUCCGUCGCUUUCUACCUCCUCCUCCUCCUCCUAACCUCCGCCGCCACUUCAACCACCGCCACAACAAUCGGAGUCACCUACACAACCUCCACCUCCUCCCCUCUCUCCCCGGACAAACUCGCCGCGAAAGUCGUCUCCAUGAACAUCCCCUCCAUCCGCCUCCUCGACUCAAACCCCACCCUAAUCCGCGCCUUCGCCUACACAAACGUCUCCCUCUUCCUCUCCGUCCCCAACCCCCUCGUCCCCCUCCUCGCCUCCAACCGCUCCCUCGCCAUGCGCUGGUGCUACCGCCACGUCCUCCCCUUCUACCCUCGCGCCAAAAUCUCAACCAUAUCCGUCGGAAACGACGUCGUCUCCUACUCCCCUGACGUCUCCCCUUUCCUCCUACGCGCCAUGCAGAACGUCCACCUCUCCUUAGCUGACUUACGUAUCUACAAGAUCUCCGUUUCGACUACCUUCUCGUUCUUUAACAUCGUCCCUACAGCUUUCCCACCGUCUUCAGCUCAGUUCCAAGAACCUAACGGAGAAGUCAUCAUCCGCCCGAUCUUGCAGUUUCUUGAAAGAACCAACUCUUCUUUCUUGGUUAAUCUUUUCCCUUACAACAUGUACCGGUCGAGCUUCUCGAUUCCGGUAGGUUUCGCUUUGUUCGAGGAAGGUCCGUUUAACUUCAGGGACGAUCUCACCACCGGGGUGAGAUACAGGAACCUUUUUGAUAUGAUGGUUGAUGCGGUGAUUAGUGCCAUGGCUGUGAUGGGACACGAGAAUCUUCCGGUUGUUGUGGCGGAGACGGGGUGGCCUAGCUCAGGGAUUGAUGGGGGGGAGGUUGAUGCGACGUUGUUGUAUAGUGAGAUGUAUUUGAAGGGUUUGUUGGGGCAUUUGAGGAGUGGUGGUGGGACGCCGUUGAGGAGGGAAGGUGUUGCUGAGGUUUAUGUGUUUGAGCUUGUUGAGAGGGAUGAUGAUGGGAAGAGAGGGGUUAGGAACUGGGGGCUUUUGCAUCGGAAUUUGAGUAGUAAGUAUGGUUUUGAGUUCUCUGGUUGUGGUGGUGGAGGUGGGAAUGGGAGGAGGUUUGCGGAGUUUUUGGUGGUGGUGAUGGUUUGUUUGUUGAUGUAA